GUCGAACGCGAGGGAGAUCGCGUCUACAUGGCACCUGAAGUCAUGGCUCGCGGGCAGAGCGGCACCGCCGCUGACAUAUACAGUCUCGGUCUGAUCAUGCUCGAAGCAGCGGGCAACGUCAUUUUGCCGGAUAAUGGAGAGGCCUGGCACAAGCUGCGUUCUGACGAUACGUCGGACGUCGAUUUGUCUGCAUUCAGCGUUUCGCUGGUGCGCUUGAUCAAGGCCAUGAUGGCGUCCGAUCCUGCGCGUCGUCCCUCUGCAAAGCAAAUCUUGGCGCAUCCC